UGCCAGCGGAGAUGGAGAGCGCCUUGCGGUCGCAGUAGGGACAUCAGACUUCACACUGCGCGCGUACACACACAGACAGACUCGGUGAGACUCUUUGUUUCCGUAUCGAUCCCGCAGCCUCCAGCAGGCUCAUGGAGAGCCGAGCCCUGCUUGUCCGCACCGGGGGCACGUUGAUCGGAUGCCUUUCACCACAGCAGCGCCGUUAGAUGCUCUCCAUUCAGGAUUAAUUGGUUGACCAAUGGCUCCCAAACAUGCGCUCCUCUCCAGCAGCGGUGGCCCCGGAGUUGGAGGGGUAAAUAAUAAAGGAGACCCCUGCUCUUCCUCUCCGGCGGUAUGGAUGCUGAACGCCGGGAUGGUGGCCGUCUGUUCGCCGAGGAACAGGAGGAGGACGCGGGCGCUGGAUGGGAUGCUGGCCCGGUGGAUUGUGACCAUCGGCGCGGUGCUGAUGCUGAUGAUGCAGAGCUCCUUGGCCGCUGACGCUAAGGGAGGUCACCAUGAGUCAAUGAGACGGGCUGUGCCCUCCAACCUCUCAGCCACCCCUGGGACUGGCAACGGAGCUGGGUCUGAAGACAAAGAUGCAAUGGAUGGGACUGAGGGCGGUCCUGGAGCUGGACCCAGAGCAUUGCCUGAGGGUAAGGUGUUUGCUGGGGCCAGAACAGCGGUUUGGACUGAAGCAGAAGCAGGAGCACGUGUGGCAGGUGCCAAAGUCUUUGCAGAGACUGGGAUUAUGACGGGGAGAGGCGCCUGGGCUGAAGUCGGGGCUGAAUGGAGACCCAGGGAUGCAGAGGGAGGUAACCUGCCAAGCAUGCCCAGGGACGCGGCUGCCUGGCUGGGGCAGCAGAGGCUGCAGACACGUGGAGAGGGCCAAAGAGAGCAGGCGACCUUCUCAUCAGUCUCCACCAUGCUGGCAGAGACGGUGGAGCUGCAGGCACCAGUGUUAGAAAAACCUUUAGGACUGCUGUCUAAAGCUGCUUGGGCCACAGGCUCCUCUUCAUCAUCAUCCAAGGCCUCCUCCUCCUCCUCCUCUUCCGCAACAAAAGCCUCUUCUUUGCCGUCCUCCUCCUCCUCGUCCUCCUCCCCAGCCAGUAACAGAGACACUGAGACAGCAGGAUCAGGCAACGUCUCUCUGGUUGUCGUCAACAGCAACUCCUCCAACAGCAACAGCAGCUCCAGUUUGGAGGAGUCGGUGAGCAGCCUGCCAGCCUGGGAUCUCCCCACUGUCCCGGAGUCUCUCCUGUCCACGGUGGGCGACCAUGACGUCACUCUUCCUGCCAAUGUCACCAGCCCUUUCUCCACCCACCAAUGGAACACCACUGCACCUGCACGCACCAGAAACACCUCACAACAGACGACCAAGUCAACCACCACCAUGACCACAUCUCUGUCACCCACAACCACCUCAACCAUACCGUUAUCCACCAUGGCAAUAGCACAAACACCAUCAGGAUCCCCCACGGUCUCUCCAACCACUAGCCAGGACACUGUGACCAAGGACAGCCUUCAGCUGACGACAGUAACCACGACGACGCCCUCAACUACCACUUCUACUGUGACCGCUGCUGAGAUGACCCAGAUGGUAACCACUGGGAGCGGCGUAACAGUACCACCAAAAACCAGCACUGCGACAACCAUGGAGGAAACGACAAGCCUCAAACUGACCACAGCGGCUACAACUCAGCCUACAACCACCACUACAACCACACCUGCCCCUACUACCACCACUACUACUGUCCCCCCAACCACCACCACUACUACUCCUCCUCCAACCACUACUACAACUACUACACCUGCAACUACUACUACCACCACCACUACUACUACCACUACCACCACAACAACAAAGGUACCUGCCACCACUGUGUUCAUUCCAGUCCAAACCACGCCGCCUUCCACCACAACUACAGAACCUCCAUCCAGUACCAGCGCAGAGGAGGGUCCUUUACCGUGCAACGUGACCGAGAAGUACUGGGUCAGAACAGUUCUGUCCAUUGAGCUGCGUAGGAACCGCCUGGACCUGAUCCUGAAACAGAACCUCUCUAAAGGACUGAGCCACGCCCUGCAGAGAGCUCUGAAUGACUCCACAGCCAACGCACAGGUGGAGCGUGAUGACUGCAGCCCCCACAACGUGACACUGGGUUACUACGUGACCAGCGGCAAAACUGUCUACAUUUCCUCCUUGGUGGUUGAGGCGCUGAAUGUGUACGGUUUUGACAAGCUGCUGUCGGACAUCAGGCAGCACACCCCGUUGGUUAAGGCAGUUUUGGUUCCUGUGGCAACCUGGGUGCCCACUCCGAGCAUUCACCUGCAGCUAAAAACAGUGUUGAGGUUCGUGGGCCCAACAGAUAACAUCUACUCCUGCAGUUUUGUCCAGAUGUUGGAGCAGAGACUGGAAAACGCCUAUGACGAGGCUCAGGACAAAGUGCUGGAGACCUAUAACAGGCUCGCCGUGGAGAUCCAGAGUGUGUCCCAGGAGCCAGGCUCUCCAUCAGUCUCUUUGGUAUAUGUGGUGAAAAACCAGGAUGCGAUUCUUAACGGGACCAUCUCCAGCGGCCUCCUCAAUCAGCUGACCGCAGAGCUGGUGGGAUACUUCCUGUUCUACCCACCGAUGGUCAUCGCUGAGCCCCUUGAAUACCAUAAUCUGAACACAUCGAUGGCAACCAAGAACUAUUGGGUGAUAACAGUGAUCCAGGAUGUGGACAGCUCCUCCCUGGAGGCCAACUACCAGAGCUUUGCCAGCCUGAUGGAGCAGCGGCUGGCUGAGCUCUUCCUGGUGGCCGGCAGGCAGGGCUCUCGGACGGUGCGAUCUCGGCGGGCCACCACCGUCGGGAGCUACACUGUGCAGAUGGUGAGCAUGCGUCGACUGCCUGGUCCCAAGAACCCAGCAGAGAUGACAUACUACGUCCAGCAGAACGGAGCACCCAUCACUGGAACCAACGCUGCCAAGACCCUCAGCAGUCUGGACUCUCAGACCAUGGCUCUGACACUGGGAUACUUUGUACAAGUGCAGGCUGAACCUGUGGUUAAGACGCCGCCUGGCAACCUGUGGAUCAUGGCCGUUCUGACACCUCUCUUCCUGCUGGUGGUGGUGAUCGGCAUGGUGGCCUUCAUUCUUUGUAAGAGAAACAGGGUCAUCUUCAAAACUGGCGCCUUCAGGACCUUCAAAACCCGCUCCAAGACCUCAUAUCGAAGGGAGGGCAGUUACCACCACCAGCCUGUCCAGGGCUUCGACUACGCCAAGAAGCACAUGGGGCGAACAGGGGAUGAGGCCAUCUCCGUUACUAAGGAGACACUGGUGCUGGGGCUUCCUGUACGAGAUGCUCCACUGUCACUGUCAUUGGAUAAGAAGGUCCACCAAGAUGGGACCGCCAGCAAGAGGCCUCCAUCUGCUGACAUACACAAAGGAGGGCGGUUGCCAAGCGAGGAGGACGGCUCGAUGUCAAGUAACGGCUCCGGGAAGCUGAACACUAGCAAGAGCUCCUCGGCCCGAAGGACGGCGACUGGCAGCAGCAGCAAGAAUGGCAAAGAGGAGCUGCACAAGAGAAACACCAAUGGCUAACCACGGUGGGUUGAAGCAGAAGUCAGACAUUGAGCACUACAGGAACAAACUGCGUCAGAAGGCCCGGAGGAAGGGGUACGGGGAGUUCUCUCUGUCUGAGAGUGGCAGCCAUGGUUACAGUCACCGUGACACCAGGCACAGUCGGCACGACAACGGGGUCAAGGAGCCGAUGACCGCUGAGGAGAAGAGGGCUUCCUUUGCAGGAUGUCACAAGAGGUACUCCCACCCACGGGAGCCCACCUAUUGGAGCCGGCAGUCUCUGAGCAGCCCGAGCCCAGUAGAGACGGAGAUGGACCUGCUGGUGCUGAGAGAAAGAUCCAGGAGGGGCAUCCGAAACAACGGCUACGAUGGCGAACCGGAACCGUUUGAGGAGACUAAUGUGGACCGUCUGAUGAGCUCUCUGGGUUAUGGAGGUGGAUCUACUGGCACCGGGAACGGCAGCUUGGGGGUGAAAGCUCACCGAGGCUCCGACUCCUCCACACUCAGCUCUCAGCCAUCCAUUGACGAGGUCCGCACGCAGAUGCAUAUGUUGCUAGGCAACGCCUUCAGCCUGGCACCUCCGGACCACGACCCCCCUUCACCGCCAACCAACAGCCACCACCAUCACCACCACCAUGCCCACAGAGCCUACAACCCCUCCCACACCAGCCACUACAGUGACGGGGUGACCAGCGCCCCUGGGACCAUGAACCAUCCCUGUGGAGGCAGGCAGAGGAGCACAGGCUACGAGGACAUGCACCAGUGCAGCCUGCCCAAACCAGGUUUCCGGUUCACCCAGCUUCCUGAUAUGGGCAUUGGGUCUCCCCCACCACUGAUCCCCUCAAGACCAGGACCACCACCUGGGACCUCACUACGACGUUCCACCCCUGAUGUUAGUCUGAAGCCUCGUGUGUCGGAGGCCUCAGACCUGCAGGCCCAGCAGCACAACGGCGCCCCAUACCUGCCGCUGUCCAGGACCCCCUUCCCUGCUGUCACUGUUGACCAGUCCAUCACCACCUACUCAGGAAACCCAAUAACAGCAGUCUACGCUAUAUCAGCCAACCGCCCCGGCUACUCAGACUACUUUGUCAUGUCACCGCCGUCCUCGUACCGUAGCCCGUCCUGGAUGUCCUACCCACCUGAGCCAGAAGACCUUCCGCGGCAGUGGAACGACACACCAAACUCACGUCAUCUUGAAACCAUCUGCUGAAGUGGUCUGCCUGUGACACUGAGUGGAAACAGCCAGUAGCUUGGUGUCUCUUUGGCUGGGCAGAGGACUUCUCUAACUGAAAACUCUCUGGAGCUUCACCUGCACUCCGGCCCGGCCUUCCUCCUGUCUGUUCGUUCAUCCCCAGUGGACCCCACUCUGCCCCCACCUUAUCCCCAGCUCCCCCCCUCUCCACUGGCCUGGCCUUCGUCUAUCCUCUCCCUCAGCCUGCCUCAUCUGCAGCUCAAAGCAUUUCUUAUCCUCCAGAACUCCUCUGUCCCAUAAGGCCCUUCACCUGGUCAGAGCUCUCCUUCAAUCUCUUUACAAUUUUCUCUCUUUCUGUAUUCUCUCUGCUCCCUGAGCCCCUGGCCUCACUGGCCCACACUCGUCACUAUCUCUAUGUAGACUGCCUCUUCUGUGGUGACCACCACUGUACAGCAUUGGGCCCCUCACUCUGCUGAACUGAGCUGAGCUGAGCUGAGCUGCGUGAAGCUGUACUGUGCCUCCCUGCGUAGUAAAAACAGGGUCAGUACAGUACAGUGUGACAAGGGCGACCCUCCAACUAGUUCUCUGCCCCAGCAAUCAUCAUACAGUAACUGCCAUCUGCCCAGCACAUGAUGGCACACAGCGCUGCAUCGUCAGUACGGUAGUGCCCCAGCCAUGGCCAGUAGUCUACUCCUCCUCUGAACUGGACUGGACUGGACUGGACCAUCCUGGACUUGCCUCUAAAGUCCACCAUGAAGCCAGGAAAUCUGGACUGACUUAAAACUGUGCUUUUUUUGAUGAAUCCAAAUUCCUAUGUAAACCUUCUACAGCUGGUUAAUAUGUGUAUUUUAAACUUAAGUGAGAAAAAAAAUCUAAGGAAAAAGGAAAAAAAAAUCUCUUGUCUUGAGCUGUCUCAAUUUGAGUUUUUGGAUAUUUGUGUGCUUUUGUCUUUUACUUUUGUGCAUUGAUUAUUAUCAAUGGAUUACUGUAGAAAAAAUACAUAGUGAGUGUUUACCUUUCACUCACCUUAUUUCAAGGCAAAAAAAAAAUAUAUUACAUUCUUCAAAACAGAAAUCAGCAGCUUAGUUGUCUGUGGUUAUGAUGGCAUUUCUGUAUUUUUAAAAAGAUUUACUUCAUUUACUUUUUCCUUCAUCAGAUUCAACAAUGAAAACAAGAAUUAGUCACAAUGUUCUGUCCAUCAUCUGAUUAUGAAGUUUCUGUCUGCUAACCAUUCGGUAGACCUGGGUCAAACUGAUUGAAAUCCCACUCCCGCAGUUCUGUUUUGUAGCUUUGCAGCCGCUGCAGGGUUUAUUUGACUCUUAAGAUAAAAACAUUUACCAUAUGAUGACUUGGAUUUGAACCGAUUUCAAUUCUGGUUUGACUCAGGUCUGUUGCAAUUAUGUGAACACACCAGUAUUCUUAGAAAAACAGUUCUUUUACUUGAAAGGUAUCUACUGUAUUCUACUGUAUAAGGAACUUUGACUUUUGGUUAUUUUGGUCUUGAUGAAGAGGGAUUAAUAUUGGGACUAUGGUGUAGUACUGUUCAAGAGACUUGGCAGGCUCAAAUGAGCCGUAUAUGUAACGAUUAAAUGUAUUACUGUACAUAGCAGAUGAUUUAAUGAAGAGAUUUAUGCAAGUACUGUGGGAGGGAUACUUUGUUUGACAUUGUUCUGACAUCAGUUUUCUUCAUUUUAGUUUCACUGCUUUUAUGAUGAAGGACGGUCAGACUAUUUCUGAAACUCAUUGACAUUUUGAAGGAUGCUCACAUUUCAGUAUCAUCUGGAUUAUCUUUUUCAUAGUAACACAGAAGAGAAAAUAUUACAGAUAACAUUUUACAAAAGAAGAAGAAGGGAGUGUUUAAAGUGACAUGCAGUGACGAGGCAGAUCUUACCCUGCAUUUACAGUAUUCUUUAUGUUUGAACAAAGCUAAUAUAGCCAUAAUAGUCAAAAUAAUGCAAUUUUUUAGUACAAAGAAUGUCACAGUCUAAAUUAUAUUUACCCUCAUUUUUUCUGAGGAGAACUGAAAAUCUGUGAGCACACUGUAUGUAAGGCUCCUCAUCAUUUAGAUGGUACUAAAGGAGAUUAUAGCCAUAUAUUAACUUCACCAAGUGGACAUAAACCAGCUAAGAUAUACAGUGUUAUGUUAAAAGUGGCAAAUGAUACCAAAUGGGAGUAUAUCAGAUAGAAACGAUGAGCCAGGGAAUGGAGAGAUAGUAUAGAUAGAAAUGUAAAGAUAGUUUAACAUGAAAUUAGCACUUUUAUAAAGAAGCCUGAACUUUGGCAGAAAAGAGCAGGAUCAAUGCAAAAAUGCUGUUGUAUAGCAUGAAAUAUUGAGAUUAUAUAAAUCUGCAAAACAUUUUAGAAAUUCUUUCAACAAAGCCUGAAACUGUAAACGCAUAAUCAAAGUAAAACUUUUCCUUUUUCAACUAAAUUGUGAUAAAUUUUUUGGACCCCUAAACAAGGCUGUAGCUACAAUUGACCACACACGACGAAUUGGAGGGUUUUUAAUAACCUGAGGAAGAGUUUACAUUAAACAAUAUGACACAGAUUACACAUAGUGAAGUUUUAAAGCAAGAUUCUGAUAUUUUAAAGUCAAAAUCUUUAAAUUUAAAUGUAUUUUACAGUUAAAUUGAUAAAGAAAAUGUGGACCGUUUGGCUAGUUGAAACUUUGUUAGGGGGGUGGGGUUGCAUUGGGGGACUUUGUACUUUUGACCACAGUAUUUCUAAAAUCCUUACUACGGCCCUGCCUCUACAUUUAUGACUUAAAUUCCAAAGAAAAUAUGUCUACAUACAUUUAAAUUACAAACACAUUAAACAUUGACAAGAAGCCUGUUAGGGAACGUAGCACAGAUGAGAAGUUGUCUUUUUCAGUUCAGACAUAUUCAAAAGUUCUUCCCCCUUCUAAAUCUAGACCUGUGCAUGAUUAAUAUUAGAUGUGGAUGUUUAGGGAAAAGAAAGCAAAGUUAUGAAAUGACAGUACUGGAGCAUUACGAGCGCACACGGUGCUAUUGCUGUUUUGAAUCAUCAUUAUCAUCAUCCUCACUAAAGAUCUGCAGCAACCAUCAUAUUUUAAAUCAUACCCAGUGUACAAACCUAUGUACGGUUAAAGAGAAACACUCAUGAUUAUCAUUUUAUUUGACUCCAUGUGGAAGAGGGGUGGGUGGGAUUUGGUUUUUAAGCAGUAAUUUUACGAAGGAGACUUGAUGCUAUGCUAUAAGUUGAUGUGCAAUGUUUGUGCUUUACACGGGUAGCGGCGAGAUGCUUUUAUUGACGACGGACUCUGGGAUGGACUGACUGUCAGUAGUUUUUUUCUGCCGUUUGAGCCAUGUCAUGAUGCUGUGACGUCAUGGUGGCACUGAUGAUGUCACACUAUCGUCACUCGGGUGUUUAUGAGGUCACAGUGACGACAACAAUGAAGGCUGUUGGAUGUAGUUAUGCAGAAAACUUUUUGGUGAAUUUAAACAAUAAA